AAAUUGAAAGUUUUAGGGGCUUAUUUGGUGCUUGCUUUUGGAACUCUCUACUGCAAAAAGAUUUAGUAAAGUGUACUGUAGAGAAAAUGGAAUGGCGGAGCCAAUGGAAACUUCUCCUUUCCCAGAACCUGCCGACCUCGACUUCAUUCUCAGUCGAAUAAAGGAGCUGUCGGGGAUUCAUACUUGUGCCAACGAGGAAUUGCCUAAAACUGUCCCGCUGGAAUCUGACGGCUUACUUAAAGAUUGUGCUGUUCGUCUCGAGCGCAGAGUGCACCAAAUUAUAGAUGAGUAGUCUGAUGUUGGUUUUCUAGCCAUUGAAGAUUUGGAUGCAGGUGUGGAAUGUUUGAAGGAAUAACUUAAGGAGGUCGAGGCUGAAAAUACCAAGAUUUCUGGUGCAAUAGAGGUUCUUUGAAGAACAAAUGUUGAAAGUCAGAUAUAAUAAUCUCAGUUUUUUUUCUUUUAAUAAAAAGUAAAAACAUGU